AUGGCUGCGGAAAAUGGAGCGAUUAGCAUGUUGGACCGGUGGGUACGGAAGGAAUGCUUGCAUCACGACCGACAGCGUACCUUCUUGUUGAUGCGCGAAAAGUCUACGGAGACUUUUCGUCGUAUGAGGGUCCGCGACGGCCUCGAUCAGGCACUUGUCGAGGAGCAGAAGCUAUGUCCGAUAGCGAAUGGCACGGCGGGCGCGUAG